GGGUCUGGGGUAGAGGCGGGGUUCCGGGUCUCGGCCGCGGUUCUGGUUCUGGGUUAAAGCCCGGGUUUAACCUGCAGCGGCGGCGGCGUAUACGCGCAGGAGCAUGUUUGGGGAGAGGCUAAGUGACUAGCCGGCUGCUACAUCUGCAUCAGGCCGGACUGCAGACACUUCACCCCGGCCACAGAGCCGCCGGCCCCCCGCUGCCCUAACUCCGCUCCGGAGCUCAGGGUCAGGCUGUGGGGUCUUCUGUACAUCUCCUGCUUUACUACAGCUGUGUUUAUUACCCGCACAGCUGCUGCACUGAUGGCCUGAGCUGGGCUGGAGGAUGCUGUGGCUCAGCUGAUCCAUCUUUAAUCAUCUGUGUUUUUAAACCGAGAGGAGCUUCUGAGGAACCCCAGCCCAGGUGACCAGCUGUAGGUCCCAGAGCAGGAGCUGCUGCCAUGACUGACACUCAGCCCAGAGAUGAGUCUGCUGGAAACAGCUCAGACGAUGAUAAACCUUUGAGUGAAAUGAUGAAAAGAAAAAAGGAACCCGAGAAGAAUCAAUCUUCAGAGGAAGCACAUACAAAGAAGCUGUCCAAUUCAGAGGAUGAUGAAACACUCUUGACAGUGAUGAAGAAGAGGAAGAACAAGAAGAAGUCAGACACAGAGGAGACAGCAGUGCUGGAUAAAAAAGAGCUCUCUGAUUCGGAGGAUGAUAAACCGCUCCUGACGCUGAUGGAGAAGAAGAAGAACAAGAAAAAUCCAGACACAGAGGAGACAGCAGUGCUUGAUUCCAGCAGGACAAGAAGUCCAAGAAAGCAAAAAACAGACGCAGAGACCGCCAAGCACAGACAGGCAUCACCAUCACCAGUGAAGACUCCCCAAAAAAGAGCAAGAAAAGGUAAACGGGAAACGAGGAAAACGGUAUCAGCACCACCUAAAAAAAGAGGGUGUGCUAAAAAACAGGACACACAGAGACAAGCGCCCUCUUGUGACAGCUCUGAUAAUGAGCCUUUGGUUGAGCUGGUGAAGAAGAAGAGGCAGCCGGAGAUGAAGCGGGCGGUGGUGCUGCUGAAGCGGAUGUCUAACAGAGACAUUAUUAACAUGAUUACACAGGGACACGAAUGCAGCCAAGUGCAGAAGAGCACAGUCAAAGUGGAUGAGAAGAGUAAAGCAGAAAGUUCAGACGAGGAGCCGCUGAGUCACAAAGUGAAGAGACUGAAACAGCACAGUAAACCUGUGAGAGGCAGAGCAACCACAGAUGUGAAAAGUGAGGCAGACAGCUCGGACGAAGAGCCACUGACUCACAGAGUGAAACAGCACAGUAAGCCUGUGAGAGGCAGAGUGGCAGCAGGUCUGAGUGUGAGAGCAUAACUGAGAAGUGGAUUUGUUAAUAUUUGCAUUUUACUGCAAUCAUGAAGCCUGUUAGAAAAAAGAAAUAGAUUUUUAUUAAUGUAUUAUGUACUGACGUAGAUCAUUGUUCAUCAUUUUAUAUUGUUUAAACAUUUAUAUCAGCUGAUUUUUUGUGGGUUUUUUUAUGUUGCACAUGCUGAUGUUUUGAUUUUAAUGUGUUUGUAGUAAAACGCUGCACUAAACGAAAUACAGAGACUGAGCCUUACUCAGGGUUUCUAAUGAGGAAAGACAUGAGUAACAUAUGAUUUAAAAAAAGUCUAGAAAAUGAUGAGAUGAGUGUAAAACUGAGGAAAAUUGUAGUUUAAACAUGUUUAAAGUAAUCAGUGUUUUGUAUUUUUGAUGGAUAUAUGCUUCCUGCUUCUUUAAUGUGUUUUCCUUAGAGCCUUUUUUCCUGUAUAUGAAUUAAAAUGGUGUGUUUAAUUAAGGCAA